CUCACGAAGUUUCGGAACGCCCUGCAGUCCGUCUACGGCCCCUUCGACGCCCUUUCUCAUGCCCAAGUGGCAGCAUGGACGCCACCACCUAUGGCCGAGGGCCAUCGGGGUCGCUACCUCUGGACCGAUGCCUUCGGAGUGCUCAACCUCCUCACGCUCGGCGCCCUCACCUCCGAGCCGCGCUACACGACGCUCGCCGCGCGCCUCAUAGACACGGUGCACGACACCCUCGGCCGCACGCGCGACGGCACCCGUCGCCUCCCCGGAGCGACCGACGAACAUCCGCUCGUGGGUGGGCUCCGGAUCGGGAAGGAGGAAGAGGAAGAUGACCCGGGAGGGGACGGAGACGGGCAGUACCACCACUACUUGACCGUCUGGAUGUUCGCGCUGAACCGGAUGGCACGCGUCUCAGGCGAGCGGCAGUACAAUGACCUCGCGAUCGAGCUCGCCAAGGCCAUUCACCGGCGCUUCGUCCGGGAGCGAGACAGCCCGCGGCCGAGGAUGUAUUGGAAGAUGAGCAUCGACCUUAGCCGGCCCAUGGUGCGCUCCGAGGGGAACCUCGACCCGAUAGAUGGCUAUGUCGUAUACAACCUGCUGCAAAAAGAUCGUGAAGACGACAAAACUAUCUUGAAGCAAGAAAUUGAGGACUACAAGCGCAUCCUAGAGACGAAGUGGAGGGGGUACGUAUCGGACGACCCGCUUGACCUUGGAAUGACCAUGUGGACUGCCCACUGGUUCGGCGAGAAGGAGGGAUGGGCGACGGAACUGUCAAGGAGGGCCGUUGUCUGCCUUCGCGCCCUCGUGGAGGAAGAGAAGUACUUCGAUGCUCCCGCUCGCUUCCGACUGGCCUUCCGAGAGUUCGGGACGUGUCUUGGGGUCCAGUGCCUUCGUAAUGCGGUGGCAGAUGAUUUCACGGGAGUGAAUGAGAAGGCGUAUUGGGAUCAACUGGUCGAGAAGAUUAUGACAACGUGGACGCCUAGUCUCGAGAAGGACCCUCCUGCGAUCAAACUUGAAUUGCAGCCCAUUACAAUGGUGAUGUAUGCGACUGCGCUCAUCCCG